ACAAUUUAUUAGAAUUGCAAUAAAUAACUUAAAAUUAUAAAGCUAAGCCUAGUUUCAGCUUAAGCUUAACCAAGUUGUCAAGUUAGUUUUAUUAUUCGGUAACAGAGAAAUUUAUUAUUCGGUGAUAAAUUUUUAUUAAAUUCAUCUAAAACAUUGAAGAUGAAAUCAUUAGCUAUUAUUCUCUUGUUAUGUUGUUCAUUAAUUUUUAUUACUGAAGCAAUAAUGCCCGGUGGUCUUAGCCGUAUACGAGUGGAUGAUAGGGAAAUGAUUUUGUCAUUAUUAUCUUUGGAACGAAAAAUGGAUCAUCUAUUAAAUUCGCCAAAAAUUCAUCGUAUCGUACGAAUACGCCGAGCAUAUUCACAAGUUGUAUCCGGUACCAAAUAUUAUGUGGAUUUCGAUUUUCAUGAAACUAAUUGUUAUAAGGCUAAUGUAUGGCAUCUAUCAUCAUGUAGAAUUAUCGGCUAUAAUCAUGUUUGUCAUGCAGAGACUUGGGUUCAACCUUGGAAAGGUACAAAUAGAUUGGUAAAUUUUGAAUGUAGAAAUUAAUUCAAAAAUGAGUGUCAAUUCGAUGAUUCA